AUGAUGAAGCUGGCCAAGGUCCUUCACUGCAGGGGCUUCCACGUCACCUUCGUCAACACUGAGUACAACCAACGCCGCCUCGUCCGCUCCCAUGGUCCCGAAGCCGUAGCCGGACUCCCGGGCUUCCGCUUUGCCACCAUUCUUGACGGCCUGCCCCCGUCCGACACCGACACCACACAGGACCCGGCGUCCAUUUGCUACUCUACCAUGGCCACAUGCCUCCCCCACCUCAAGAACCUACUUCAAGAUCUCAAGAGCAAAGUUGGGGCACCGCAGGUGACGUGCAUCGUGGCGGACAGCAGCAUGAACUUUUGUGUGGACGCUGCUGUGGAGCUCGGUGUGCCGUGCGCGCUGUUUUGGACUGCCAGUGCUUGUGGUUACAUGGGCUACCACAACUUCCGGUUCCUCAUAGAUGAGGGCCUUACUCCCCUCAAAGAUAAAGACCAAGUGACGAACGGGUAUAUGGACACACCGGUAACACAUGCUCUCGGGAUGAGCAAGCACAUGCGCCUCCAAGACUUCCCGUCCUUCAUUCGCACCACGGACCGCAGUGAUGUCCUCCUCAACUUCAUGAUACACCAGCUAGAGCAGUCGGGCCGCGCGACCGCCAUUAUUGUUAACACCUUUGAUGAGCUCGAGCAGAAGGCUCUGGACGCCAUGUGUUCCAUCCUCCCUAUGCCCAUUUACACCAUCGGCCCGCUUAACUUCCUCAGCGAGCAGCUGGUCCCUAACAACGAUGACAGUGACACGCUCACCGGAAUAUGCCCCAACCUCUGGAGAGAAGAUCGGUCCUGCCUCGAGUGGCUCCAAGGCAGGGAGCCUCGGUCUGUGGUGUACGUCAACUUUGGUAGCAUCACCACUAUGUCCAACCAAGAGCUCGUGGAGUUCGCAUGGGGGCUGGCUAACUGCGGCUAUGACUUCCUGUGGAUCGUGAGGAAUGACCUCGUAAAGGGUGAUGUCGCUGUGCUGCCUCCCGAGUUCCUAGAGGCGACCAAGGGAAGGUGCCUACUGGCGAGCUGGUGCGAACAGGAGUCGGUGCUGCAUCAUGAGGCGGUGGGUGCCUUCCUUACGCAUUGCGGGUGGAACUCGAUGAUGGAGGGGCUCUAUGCAGGGGUGCCAAUGUUGUGUUGGCCCUUCUUCGCGGAGCAGCAAACCAAUUCCGGCUAUGCGUGCGUGGAGUGGGGCGUUCGGAUGGAGGUCGAUGACGACGUGCGCCGGGAGGUGGUCAAGGCGAGGAUACGAGAGGUGAUGGGAGUAGGAGAGGUAGGGAGGGAGAUGAGGCGGGAGGCGGUGGAGUGGAGUGAGAUCACCGUUCGUGCAACCGCAAAGCCCGGUGGAAGGUCAUUGGCCAACCUCGAGAGUCUGCUCGAGGAUGUACUAUCGAGUGCGGGUAAGAAUGUUGGGUCGAAUUGA